GAAAGAAAGUAAAAAAAUAAAUAUGGUUGAUAAUAAUAAUAUCAACAUAUUAAGGUCCAAAUAUCAUAAAGAAAGCUCUAAUUACACUUCAAUUAGUGAAGAUAAUGGAGUGAUUAAGGAGCAAGAUAGGUUAUUACCAAUAGCAAAUGUUGGAAGAAUUAUGAAGAAAAUUCUUCCACCAAAUGCCAAGAUUUCAAAAGAGGCAAAAGAGACUAUGCAAGAAUGUGUUAGUGAGUUUAUUAGUUUUGUGACAGGUGAAGCAUGUGAUAAGUGUCACAAUGAGAAGAGAAAGACUUUGAAUGGUGAUGAUAUUUGUUGGGCUUUGGGAAGUUUAGGUUUUGAUGAUUAUGUUGAGCCAUUGAAGAGGUAUUUGCAUAAGCAUAGAGAGUUAGAAAGUGAAAGAAUGAACCAAAAUAAGUGUGUUAUUGGAGUACUUGGAAAUAAUAAUAUUGAUCAAGAUCAAAAAGAAAGAGAUGAAAGUAGUACUAUACCAUUCAAAAUCACCAUCAUGGAUCAUAAGGGGGGAAAUAAUUUUCUUCCUAAAACACCUUAUUAAGGCUUCUUCUUCUUUGACAGGAGGAAGUUGCUCGGACGGUAAGCAUCCCUGAUCGCUUCCAAUCUUCUGACCUGAAGGUUCUGA